CUUGCUUCGGAAAAACGUCCACCAUGCAUGCGAUUAGCUACGGCGAAAAUUCACCAAUGAACAACCCUUGUCGCCGGGAGUGCAUAUUGAGAAUCCAUAGCGGCUACCGCUUGUUUCGAGCGUAUCUUGUUCAUGAUAACACUCCUGUGAACCCACCUCAAGGCGGGAGGCCAGAGCCUAUACGAUGCCCGACGGUUUGAGGAACGAUUCUGCGACGAAUGGGCUGCCCAAUGGCCCCGUCGACAACAGUUUUCAGCUCGGCGACUUCGCCAUCGACGACUACAGGCCGAUUAAGGUGGUCGUAAUAGGCGCGGGUUACAGCGGUAUCAUCGCGGGAAUCAGGUUUACUCAGAGGAUACCAAAUGUUGAGCUGACGAUAUACGAGAAGAAUGCAGGCAUGGGCGGGACAUGGUAUGUCAAUAAGUAUCUCAGUGUAGCAUGUGACACACCAUCUCACCCGGUUCAUUUCACUUGUUAUCAGUACCAGCUCACGUUUGAGCCGAAGACCGACUGGUCCAGCUUCUAUCUGCCUGGCCUGGAGACUUUGUCCUACCUCGAGUCCGUUGUUGAUAAAUACAAGCUCAUGUGCUACAUUAAGCUGCAACAUCGCAUUGUGGAAGCCCGGUACGAUGAGCCAAUGGGUAAAUGGCACCUGUGCGUGAGGCAUCCGCGAUCUGCCAAUCUGGCCGAGGAGUACGAAGAGUCCACAGAUUCUGCCAGUUUCUUCCUGACGGGCAUUGGCAUUCUCAGCCGAUGGAACUGGCCUGAUAUCGACGGCCUGCAAACAUUUGAAGGCAAGCUGCUGCACAGUGCCAACUUCGAUGUUGGCAAUCGCACAUGGCAGGAGGCAACUGAGCAGUGGAAAUGGAAGGACAAGAAGAUUGGCGUGAUUGGUGCGGGCUCAAGUGUGAUUCAAAUCGUUGCUGCGUUGCAGCCGUGCAUCGGUCUGCUGGUCCAGUUUGUGCGCAGCGUGACUUGGAUAACUCUGAUGUUUGCGAGCGCACAAAGCGCGAUACUGAUCAAUCGUGAUCAGAGCAUUGAGAACUACACGUUGACGGAAGAGGCCAAAGGGUCAUUCAAAGACCAGGUUUUCUGCAAGCACUUCCGGCACGAGUUGGAAUCGUUAGUCCACUCUUACUCUUAUCAUGGACUCAUCCUGCAGGACAGCAUACAGCAAGCUGCAGAACAUGAGGAAUGCAUGGAGCACAUGCAUAAACAGCUCUCGGAAAAGCCGUGGAUUAUGGAUCACCUGCUUCCUGACUGGAGCAUCGCAUGCAGACGGUUGACGCCGGCACCUGGAUACUUGGAAGCACUGUGUGAGGAGAAUGUAAGCUGCAUGUUUGUUUUAUCCAAUAAUUUGGAUGCGAGCAUCGAGACAGUCAAUGGGCAGCAUACUGAUUUCGAUGCCAUCAUUUGUGCCACUGGUCUGCCUGUCUGUCCACCCACCUUGCCUCCGCUAACGUCUGUCUUCACUCCUUAUGGAAGGCUUUGA